UUUUUAAGCUUUUUUUUUUUUUUUUUUUUUUUUUUUUUUUUUCCUUUUUUCGUCCAAUUUUGCCCGGUGGGGCUCAGCUGGGGUGGCGAGGGCGGCCGCUGGAGGCGCGAGGGCCUGCCCCCCGGGGAGGGCGGCGUGUGCGCGCCCCGGCGCCCGACGCACAUCUGGGCCGGCCGGUGCUCCGGCGGGCUGCGAGCUCUAACACCUGGGGCCGGGCGGGGACAGCGGGGAGCUGCGCGCUCUUGGCGCUGCCGAUGCGCCGGGCCGGAGGGUGAGGUCGCGCGGCGGGGCUGGGACUCAGUUGCCACCUCCAGAUCGGGCCCGGGGCUGCAAGGGGGUCGCCGCGAUGCCAGGCGAAAAUAUCUUCCUGUUUGUGCCUAACCUCAUCGGUUAUGCCCGGAUUGUCUUUGCCAUCGUUUCUUUCUACUUCAUGCCCUGUUGCCCCCUCACGGCCUCCUCCUUCUACUUGCUCAGCGGACUUCUGGACGCUUUCGAUGGACACGCUGCUCGAGCCCUUAAUCAAGGGACCCGGUUUGGGGCCAUGCUGGACAUGCUGACGGACCGCUGCUCCACCAUGUGUCUGCUGGUCAACCUGGCCCUGCUGUACCCACGGGCCACCCUUCUCUUCCAGCUCAGCAUGAGCUUGGAUGUGGCCAGCCACUGGCUGCACCUCCACAGUUCUGUGGUCCGAGGCAGUGAGAGUCACAAGAUGAUCGACCUGUCUGGAAAUCCCGUGCUUCGCAUCUACUACACCUCCAGGCCCGCUCUGUUUACCCUGUGUGCUGGAAACGAGCUCUUCUACUGUCUCCUCUACCUGUUCAAUUUCUCCGAGGGACCUUUAGUUGGCUCUGUGGGUCUUUUCCGACUGGGCCUCUGGGUCACUGCCCCUAUCGCGGUGCUCAAGUCUCUCAUCAGUGUCGUCCACCUGAUCACAGCCGCCCGCAACAUGGCUGCCCUGGACGCCGCGGACCGUGCCAGGAAGAAGUGACCCCGGAACCUCCAGCCCCUGGCUGCCCACCUGCCCUGGGAGUCUCGCUGUGCCACGCGGCUCCCCCUCUCACUCCCGCGAGGUCCCAGGCUCACGUCUUCCUAAUGUGUUGUCCGGCCUGCUGGGAAAGGCAUCGGCCUCUUUGGUGAUGCCAUGUUCUCUGAAAUCCUGAGGACCAGUCCCACCAGUAGGAUUCCCCAGGACCUGGACUUCAAAUCAGGAAGGAUGCCCAGGAGGCCCCGCCCAUACGGGCAGUGCUCCUAGGGCACCAAGAGACCUGUCUGAGGACCGGGCAUUGUCGCACCUGCUGGCUCAGCUCUGGGGUCUGGCUUGGCCUGAGGCUUCAGAGACACCUGAAUGAGGGAGAUGGGGUAGGGGCCAGGUUUCUCGACAGGCAGGGAGUCAGGCCUGUGCCCCUGGCCAGAGGAAGCCUGCGGUCCCACGGCCAAGAGAGAAGGAGCCGAGUAGAUCCUUUCCCAUCCCAGCUUCCUGUGUCUGGUCUAUCCCAGCUCUGAAAACCUCUGUAAUAAAGGGGGAGGGGGACGUCACUCUCCAGGAUUUGGUUUCCUUUGAGAUACGGUUGGACCAAGGCCUGGGUUGAGGGGAGCUGGGGGAAAAAGAAGAUUCAUCUGGAUGCUUUCCCCUAGUUGCUUACUGUCUGGCUCUGUCCUGUCGUGCCACAGUGACCUCAGACAGAGGCCCUCCCUGCCACCCAAGCUUGUACCCUGUCUCUGCCUAGUUUCUUGAUGACCUCGUCACUGGCUGUCUCCAUUUAUUUGUAUACCUCAUAUUUUCUAUCUCCACCAGAAUGUAAACUCCCUGAGGGCACAGACUUUUCUUGUUCUUCCUCUGUCCCCACAAUGAAGAUUAACCUGAACCUGGCAGAUCAUAGCCACUUAAUAAAUAUUCACGAACAGAUCA